UAUUCAAGGACCUUCAAGGACCCACUCCUGUCUACAAUCUCAUAAAGCACUCUUUGUAUAUCUUCACGCCGGCCGACCUUGAAGAAGUUUUGUUGAGCUGAAGCUUUCAAGAAUCUUUCCUUGGAACGCGAUCUUUGUUAUUAUCGUCAGGGUCGGGUGCCACAACCCCAACUUUUUAUCUGUCUUUAUACAGGACUGGUGAAACGGCAUAGCAACACGGAAGCAUUCAGGUGAACUCCUUCAGGGGGAUCCUUAAGAGUCGCCACUACCACGCAGAUUCAGCACGUCAGCCGCAUGCCCAUCCUUUUUUGUUUAAAUAACUCGAUCUCCUCCAUUUUCCUUCGUACCAUUUCUCUAUCUUUCCACCAUGCCAAAGCGUAUUCCUACUCCUCCUCCUGGAGACGAUGAACCUCGAUAUCUCACUGUCGUUCACCCGUACGUCCUCGACGGGCAUUGCAACAUGGAGUUGCCCAAGGAUAGACAAGAUUUUGCGCGUUGGGUGGCGUGCUGCAUCGACGCUAAAUACUUCUACGCGUUUUUCCAUAAGCCCAGUGCACGCGACAUGGUUAUCAUCGAAAUAGCUCGCGAGUGCCCCCAGCUUGAUCGCUUACUCGGCGAGCAUCGCUGGAGGGAGUUCUUGAAGAAGCCAUCCAAACAAGAGCAGGAUCAAGUCACGAAGGUUUUUUAUUGCACUUAUAGCACUGGAAGACAAGUGCAGAAGAAUGGCUGGAAGCGUAUAUAUGUCGAAGACGCUUGGUUUACAACGUGGUCGCCGAACAAUCAUCUUAUCACUUUCCCUUAUCCUGAAACCCAUUUUUGUGAAGUGCCGAUUGAGGAUCAGACUAAUCAUCCCAUGUGCAGGCCCCUUCCGGGCGCUGUAAAACCCCCUCCCCCUGAGACCCUGAUUGCCCCUGCACCAAUCGUCGGUUCCCAACAAUGGACCACCGACAGACAGCUACCUGCUCCCAUCGCGAGGGCAGGGGCGUGGGGCAAAGGCGCCCCCAAACUUACAGCACCAGUUGGGAAUGCAUGGAAGGCUGCUAUCGCUACUUCCUCUCCGGCCAUCCCUGGGCUCAAGAAGCAGCCCGCAGUUGGCGGCGGACCCAUCGCAGUGAAAGCAUCUGAUGUUUGGGUCGGCCUUUCUACGCCCUCAGGACUUGGAUCAAACGGGUGGUCAGACUCCCCCACUGGUUCUGGAAUGAACACUCCCCCCAGCGGAGGCCCCUCUCCUUUACCUAGAACAUUAUCGAAUCAAUCUCCCACCGUCCCUCCCGGUCUGAGUGGUCCAAAAGCUUGGGAUGCUGGAACGUCCUACCCUGCUCAUCCUCCCGGAAUUCCGGCAGUACCAAACGCAUGGGGCGCUCCUCGCAUCGAGACGGCGCCUAGCCUCGAUCGCGACAACACAAGUGUCGCUAGCUGGAGCUCUAACGGAGGGUCCUCUAAUGCCAGCACCGAUAUCGUACUCACUCCUGAGGACGACCCAUACAAGGUUCAAGUCCAAAUUUCGGAAAGCAUGGAACAAGCGCUAGACGGGCUGUCGGUCCAUGAUGAUAUAGAUCCCAAUCUCGCUGAGCUGGACUCGAUUGCACCCGGGAAAUGGGAUGAGCCCAUGAGUACCCAUGUUUGGUCGGAUCAUCCCAUUGCCGAUGGGGCUACCUGGGACGAUACUCCUGCGGACGCUGAGGCGCAGUGGAGAGAGCUGAAUGACGACAAGGAGAAGGAGAAGCCGAUCAUAUGCAACGCCCAUGGAAUCAUUUGCAAGAAGGGGAUCUGCAGGGAGUACGCGAAGCAGGUUCGCGAUGCGGAGAGGGCAUCGAAGGAUACAAGUUCGAAUAACAAGAAGGCUAAGGGCAGAGGCAGAGGCAAGGGGUAUGGCAGAGGCGGCGGAGAAGGAGGGGGAGGCACCGAUCGUGGAGGAGAUCGUGGAGGAGCUCCUAACAAUGCUUUCCGAGGUCGCGGCGCACCCGUGAAGUCGACCUGGCGAAGCGCUCCUAGGGCCAUCGUAUCCGCCGCCGCUAUUGAGCGCCGGGAAAGCAACGAAGCGGAAUCUGUCGCAGCUGAAACUCCGAAUGCAUGGGGCAAUACGUCAAAUGCCUCGUGGAGUGUGGGCGAAGAUGUGGCUGAGGAGGAGGCGGAGCCUACGGGCAAUGACGCGCCUGAGCCGUCUGAUGACGGUUGGGGCAAGUCUGUAGCCAGCUUUGAUCCUUGGCAGGCUGAGCCCCCGCCCCAGUCCCAGCAAAGGCCGAAACUUCAGACCCAGCAGAGGUCCCAGUCCCAGUGGAAGCCUCAAUCUCAGGCGCAACCCCAGUCUCAGUGGAGGUCCCAGCAGAAGCCCCAGCCUCAGCAGAAGUUCCAACCCCAGCAGAAAACCCAGCCGAACACCAACGCCAGUAACACCUGGACCAAUCGGAGGGCUCCCACUUCCUGGGCAGAUCAGGUGGACGCACAUAGCGCUGCUGGAUACCCUGAGGAUGAUGGGUAUUCUACCGUUGGUAGCAAGCGUGGUGGGCGGGCCCAGGCGAAGGCCCCCAAGAGUUCUACCAGUGGGUGGGGCACUGUCGACGAGCAACCCUGGUGAGCGUGUUGAGCGAAUAGAAUUGCAGGGUCGUGCCGCCUCUGUAUCUUUCUUUGUAUUUUUACCCGAACCUCCAUUCCUGUCAUUCAUUGGGCGAUAUGUACCAUACCCUGAUCGAUUUUCAUACCUAUGUACUGCAGAAUCACGUUUCGUCUUACCGACUAUAUCCAAUCAACGCCUGCGAUCAUUGUCACAUAAUUGUAUUGAAUACAUACUUUGUGAUUGUUU